ACAAAGUUAACAUUUUUAAAAUGAACAAAAAUUUAAAAAAUCAGCAGGAAAGCAAUCGGCAGAAACAUCCAACUCCAGGCCAGGAUCUGAAAUCGUUGUCAACCUCCAUCUUUCUCACUUGUCACCCUUCCCAAAAUCCCCAGCCUUUUCAACUUCCCACUCUUUCUUUCAACUCUCGGAACCAACAAAGAGGAAAGGCGGGCGCCAUACUCCUCACUCAUCUGCUAAUGUUUGCGGCUGCAAUCACCCAACCAUGAUCUGCCUUUACCUUUCUCAACCCUAUUCCGCUUCUUUAUUUUCUUUAAACCCUUCACUCAUACCCUCUUCAAUACCCAAAUUUAAACCUGCUUUUCAUUGCUUUCCUAAAAUCCACAAAAAGAAGAAGAAGAUUAAUAGAGGAAUAUGCAGAGCGGAGUUUUCACCGGAUGCUCCCCUUGCGGCUGCAAUCGGCGCCUGUAUGCUGAGUUCACUACUUCUUCCUGCCGCUGAUACAGGGGAAGAAGAUGGUGGUAGUUCGAUUAUUGAUGCAGGGGAUACGAGGUUUGCGGCUAUGGGAAUUAUUAGUUUUAUCCCUUACUUCAAUUGGCUGAGCUGGGUUUUUGCUUGGCUUGAUUCUGGAAAGCGGCGCUACGCCGUGUAUUCUGUUGUAUACUUGGUUCCUUACCUCAGGUCAAAUUUCUCUCUUUCCCCAGAAGAUAGCUGGCUUCCUAUUGCUAGCAUACUAUUUUGCAUUGUUCAUGUUCAGCUGGAAGCAAGCAUAAGAAAUGGCGAUCUUCAAGGCUUUCAAAUUUUUAGUGAGGCUGCUAAGCAUCUUUCAUCAAGGAGUAGAGAGGAAGAUGAACAUUUCAAAGGGUAUAAUGAACCCAAGAAAGGAGAACAUAGGAAUCUGCCUGAUGCUGAAGAACAUUCAAGAAAUGAGAUCCCGCAUUGGGGAACUCCGAAAAGGCCCUCACAACAUCAUGAACAGCUGAAUGAUUUGGAGGAUGAUGGAAAAAGUGAACACUAGAAUGAUAGGCAUCAUAACUCAACUUGAUCGUAGUAGUUGGAUCUGCAUGAAAUGCUAUGCUGAUGGUAUAAAAGAGCAUGCAAAACAUGAAUAUAGAAAAGAGGCAAAGAUUGGUGCAGACAGAAAAGGAGGAAGGAGGGUUAACAUGGUUGAUACCUGGAUGUGGAACUAAAAGAAGCUCAUUACUACUUUAAUAUUUCUUUUGAACUCUUUUUUUUUAAAUGUAAUUUACUUAAAUAUUUCCAUGGUUUAUCAUUCCAAAUAA